AUGGCCUUGGUAACAAAGGUGGUGGCGGCGCGACUGCAGAGCGCGCGCCUGCCGUGUGGCCAGGCGACGGCCGGCGGCGCGCAGCGGUGGUUCCGCGGGGACUCCCCGGUGCUGCCGCUGCCGCAGCCGCCGCGGCUGCUGCUGGAGGAGGCGCACCUGCGCGUCGCCACCGUGCUGCCCAACGACGCCGGCAUGUGGCGCUGCGAGCGCAGGGACCCCGCCACCGGCGCUCUGCUCGCCGCCCCGCCGCCCGUCCGGCUGCUGCUCGCCGAGCCCCCGCGGUCGCUGCGGCUGACGGUGGACGGGGAGCCGUGGAACGGCACGGAGCCGUGGCUGCAGCUGGAGGAGGGCGCGCGGCUGCGGCUGGGCUGCGAGCCGGAGGGCGGCGUGCCGGCGCCGCAGCUCACCUGGUGGCUGACGCCGGCGGCGCCGCCGGACCCCGAGGAGCCGCCCCGGGGCGCCGUGCCGCUCAGCUCGGCGGCCGCCGCCGGCGCGCGCGUCGCCCUGCUCGACGCCGUGGGCCGGCAGCACCACAACGCCACCGUCUCCUGCCUCGCGCGACACCUGGCGCUGCGCCGACCGCUGCGCGCCGACCUCACGCUGCACGUGCGCUACAGCCCGUCGUUUGCCAUCAGCCGGCUGCCCGACUUCGGGUUUCCUCUCCGCGAGGGCAUGGCCGUCUCGCUCAAGUGCGACGUUGACGCCAACCCUCCUUCAUCGCCCAAGUGGCUCCGAGACGGCGAGGAGCCGCCGGUGGCGCAGACUGGCGACGGCUUCCUGAACUUCAGUUACGUCCGGCGAGAGCACAGCGGCUGGUACAAGUGCACUAGCCGUGGCGCCAGCUCCAUCGGAUACUUCCUCAACGUCAGAGCGUCCGACCCAGCAGAGGAGGAUUCGUUGGGCGGGUCGACACCGGCCCCAGGCAGUGCUGGCGGCGUGGCGCCGUCGCGGGGCUCGCUGGAGCGCCAGCUGGAGGUGCCCCUGGGCAGUACGGUGACGCUGCAGUGCCCGGGCGGCGGCGCCUCCUGCUGGAGCCGCCUGGGCAGCCCUCCAGAGCCGGUGGGCGCGGGGCCGGACCUCACCAUAGAGCGCGUGUUGUAUCAGGAGGCGGGCGCCUACCGCUGCGAGCCCGCGCUGCACGACGCCAGUCACCUCACCGUCAACCUGUCCGUCAGGGGUGUGCCGGUGGUGUACCCGCCGUGGCGCAACGUGACAGCGCCGGCCGGUCUGCCCGUGACGCUGGACGUGGAGUUCUGCGCCAACCCGGCGGCCGACCGCGCCCUCUGGCUGCUGCGCGGCGCCCUCCUCAGGCCGGGGGAAGCGGCACCCGGCGUCGUCGCACACAACGUCACGGAGGCCAAUUCGCCGCACUGCCAGUACGCGUCGCUGACGCUAACGUCGGCGCAGCCGGAGGACGCGGGCGAGUACGUGUUCCUGGUGCGGUCGCCGCGCGGGCUGGCGGAGGGUGCCUUCUCGCUGCAGGUGACGCCCUCCGCGGCCGCCGCCCCCGCACCCGCCCCCACACCCUCGCCCGGCCUCAUCGCCUGCUGCGCCCUCUGGCUGGUUCCGGCGCUGGCCGCGGCGUUUCGGCGACUCUCCUAAUGGACCCCGGCGCAUUCUCACCUAACUGCAGCGUCGCGACGCGGUGUUACCGUUGAGUCGCGCACGAGGAGCGCCCCUAGUCGAGUGCACAAAUGACUACACCAUACUGGAAACUCCUAAAGUGUUGUACGUAUGAUUGCAUAUCUAACAGGAGUGUAUGGCUUACAACGUCUUACAGUGUUACAAAAAAAUGAAGAGACCUAAUUAGGAAGAUAAGUGACGUGAAAUUCAUGACGAUAAAUUGCAUGGUCAAACGGUGUACGUAACAGGUAGUGAUCUGAUAAUUUGUGACUGAAAGGUGCAGAAGAAAAAACGCUUUUGGAGUAAUGCACAGUUGACAAUACUUACUCCAAAUGUUUCAGCACAAUAAGAGGGACUUGUUUUGUAUAAAUAUUCUACUGGCUGAUCACUAUUACUUUCAGGCUGUUCCUGAAGAUUCCACUGUGGAAACUAUUGAUACUCUGCUUCUACGCAAUACAGCAUGCUCCUAAGUCACUCAUGCUAUUUCGCCUGACUAUACGAGAAGACUUCAAAACGUAAUUUACACUUUACUGUGCACGCCAAGUAACUUUUAUUGAAUGCUGCACUACACUUGGAACAGACACAGGAACGUGACACUGUUUUUCAACAUAACUGCCAAGUCUCUGUAAACAAUAGUCGGAACGUUUUACCAAUCGUUCACAUCAUCGACGAUAGAAAUUCCUUUCCUUGCACACGAACUCAUUCGAGAACCGCUCUGUGAACGUUCUCAUCUUCGGAAAAUCUUUGAUUCCUGGAAAUCAGUUCCGCAACUGCCUGGACGUUGUGCUCUGUGUUUGAUCUUGAUGCCCUUCCUCCCCGAUCAGAAUCACACGUGGCUGUGAUACUUAGGUCAUUUUUCUGGAUCAUUGCACUACAGCUGGACGCGCUAUGGCAUGUAGUUCAUAUGCUGACAGAAUUUGACGGAGAAGUCUGCGUGUAAUGUAGACGUUUUCCCUACCGGAAUCGUACCUUCUCUCGUACUUCAGCCUUAGAGUUCGUUUCCAGUAGCAGCGCCAUUGCAAUCACGCACUGUGAUCCUUCUAGUAACCGUACCGCAGUAGUGCUGUGUCUCCACGGGACCCAGGACGUGUUGUCCCUUCUGACAAAGUGCCACCCUUCUUGUACAAUAGUCUUGGUGAGGGAGGACACGUGUGACUUACUCUUUGAAGUACCCUCGUAUCUUCUACCUGACUGGAGAUAGAAACCUUUCAUCGAAAGAAAAAUAUUAUCUUUGCGGUGGUUUAAAUUUGCUGGUCAACGCUGUUAGCGGUAGUUCUACCCUGGGGCACUCAGCUAAUCAGGUCGCUCGCUCGUUAUCCGACGUGCGACCAGUCGAGAUACAUUAACACAGUAGCUAAAGGAGUUUGGGUUCUCUUUCUCAACAUAUGCACUGCUUUUACAGUUGUUCCACUUGCUUUUCGAGUACCGCAAUGUACCCUAUUGUGUAUAAGGGGUGUGCGGAUGUAACAUGUAUCCAUGUGUAUCCCCACACAACAACUUUCUGUGAGCGAAGCCGCCGCGUUGAAACAACAAUGAAUGCAGUCACUGGAUGUUUGUUGUACUCCUGGUCAACAAAACAUUGAAUGUUUGUGAAAGAUGAAAGAAAAGCUUUGAUUUUAAACAUAUCUGUAAGGGUUUCCCAAGAUUAUAUGAAAAGGCAUGCAAUAAAUCCCUUUUCUUAAAAAAAAUGGGAUGCUUCCUUCUAAAAUGAAAGUUAAAAUUCACCCCAAGCUUUUAUUCAUGUAGGAGACAAAGUCAUGUAAAAUCAAAUCUGUCUUUUUGAAACGUCCUGGAUUUUGAAGGAUGACCUAGUUCCAUAAGAGGAACACUGUUACUUCCGAAGAAUUUUUGUCCACAUAUGUCUUAACGCUCUGCGUUGCAUUUCUACAACAUAUUAACAUCGUCGUGCUGCAUGACUUGCUAAGACUUCGUGACAGAGGCAGACCAGUUACACAUGUAACCAGUUCAGUUACAGAUCUAAAAGACAGAUGUCCUUAACUUAAACAAGUCAUAAUUUAUUGCGGUGUUCCGAUCCAGGUCGUUAAUAAUGUUACCGACAGAAUCAUUCACCUCAUUUAAAUCAGAUGUUGGAAACAGUGAUUGUACAUACGCUUUUUACCUCAGUACAUGGAAAUAUAUUUUCUUCGAAGUUUCUUCUUGCUUUACUUACAUUUCUUUAUAUAUGGGUGAAUCAUAUCUCCUUUCUGACUCAUUCAAAAAACAUGUCGAUCCAUACUACUGAGAAAGUGAUUUUGAUACUGCAGGUUCUAGUAUUCUAUUACUCUUCUUGCCGAUUUUAGUUCUUAUUUUUAUUUUAUGUUGUCGUAAAUUCAACGAAUCAAGAGGUAUAUUUAAGAAUAGCUGAUAUUUCUGAUUUAUAUAAAAAACUCUUAGUUCUCUGCUUUACAUUUUUAGCCUUAUUGUGUCCUGAUGAACCUAGGUGCAUUUAAGAAUUUAAAAUGUAGUAUGGGUUUCAGAAAAUGUCCGUAAACGGUGACGUUCCAAAUAUGAAAACGGAAUUAUACUGUAAUAAUUGCUGAUGAUUUGUCGUUUUCUCGACCAGAAAAUCAAAUGUGGUUGCUUCGAUUUAUUUUACUCUCUUAGAUAAGUACUGUACAUGCUUAGAGCUCGAAGAUGAGAAACAUAAUGAAUUUUCCUCUCCCUCUAAUUACAAAAGCCAGCAGAAAGUAGCGAUCGGUACAUUGCAGUCAAUAAUGUGAACGACAACCAUCAGUGAUUGCUUUAUAAUAUUUAUUACAUUAAACUUACAGUUAUAAAUGAUAUGUCAAAUUAAAGAGCAACUCAAACAGUUUUACAAGAACCUUAUACAAUGUGAGCACCAUUUGUCACACGGUACGCAUCAAGUCUAUAGCCGAGUUCUUCCCAAACGUUGUUAAGUGUGUCUUCAGUGACAUUAGCAACUGUUGCUUCAAUCCGGUUUCUUAAUUCAGGGAGGUCUGCCGGUAGCGGAGGCACGUGCACACGAUCCUUGAUGAAGCCCCAAAGGAAAAAAAAUCGUGAUGGCGAGUGAUUUGGCUGGUCAUUAUUUCUGUCGAAGCCCGGAUCCUGAAUGGUUUCUUUCCAUCGAGUGCCCUUUCCUUCCAAAAUCGAAAUGAAAGAAUCAAGUUGUAUUACACAUGUUACUUGAGUGUACUCAUUGGAGAUAAAAUGCUCUUGCAGAUUCUCUUGGGCCCCAUUUUUCAAUUGGCCUGGAACCGAGCCCUCCCAUUCGGUCAAUAAAUGUUAGCACAGAACGUCUGUAGUGUCACUAUACUUAUGAUUUGCCUCGUGGUAUAGAAUCUCCAGUUUAGGAUGAGACCAUUAGUUACUUUAGUGGUUGUGACUGUUGAUAGUCUACUUGCACGUGGAUUAUCUUGGAAGAUUCAGCAACUCUGACGAAUCGGAAGACAUUUCGCUGAGGAAAUAUCCGGGGCAAAAGUGAGAUAUUUCACAAGAAGAACCACCUUGGAUUCUCAGACGAGCAGCAGAGUUGUCUUAAAGUAAUUUAUCAAAAUGGUUCGCACUCGUCAUUUUAACGAUUUAUUCGAUUGUAAAUGACGAGUAGCAAUGUCGUGGAGAUGUUGUUUCAUGAUGGCUCUGCCAUAUAGUUGAUUACUAGGAAUGAUAUGUUACGUUAUCUCAUAGACUACCAAGAGCUCAACGUCAAUUACAUUAGAUGAAUAGUCCCGAUAAUUGAGUAUACUACCAACGUACAUUGUGUAAAAUUUUGACGGUAGAAGAUUAGAUAUUUUACCUAAAAUGUUUCGGUUGUUUAGCGCUUGCAAUGCUAAACUACUGUGGACUGUGCGUUGCUUAUUUACCGAAUUUUGUGCUUCAAUGAAGUUCUUCGCAAUCAACAUCCUGAACUGUUUUCGUAUCGAGCAUCAUCCUAACCCUGAUUCAGUAACGUAUUUCUUGUCCUUUGCACUUCUACAUUGUUUAUCUACCAAAUGUUAUGUUAAUUAUUCAAACGGAUGUAAAAUAAAUAAUAAGUAUUAACGCUGAAGAUACAUAUCAUGUUUAGGAAAUACUUUCAGCUCAAAUAUGUUGCAUUCUGAUGUUGGAAUAGGUAUUAUGAAGCAAAAAUGUAGAUGUAUACUACUUACUAAACCCAUAGUGUUAAUAACUAUCUGUAUUAGGAAAGCCCAAGCAGAUCGUUGGGUGGAAGAGAAUCUUCAGUGCGUAUGCAGUGGUACUAGCGUCACUACAAAAGUUUCUGUAAAUAGAAUAAUUGGAGGCAGUGAGGAAACUUUUGAUUACUGAACUUCAUUUAAGUUUGGAUUUUUACGUUCCACCUUUUGCAUUUACGAAAGAAAAAAAACGUCAACGGGAACUUGCGACUCAAAUUACGUGAUUAAAUUCAUUUAAAAGUACUAAAGAUUUUCCACAUCAAGUGUCAAAAGUGUCAAAAGUUUAUCAUGAUGUAUUUCUGGACUAUGUUCUCCCAUUAUUAAGUGCUUGAAACGUCUGUGCUCAGUGGCAUAGAAGUUUAAAGCACUUGACAGUGGUUUCACGUAGUCGCGAAACGUACCAUAAUAAAUAUUUCACACGUUUCAAAACUGGUGCGUAAAAGUCCCAGUAUUGUUAUAUUAGACAGUUGUAAGAUGGCUUCCCAAAAGAUAACUCCUUUGAUGUAGUCGCGACUUUGUAACAUGCAGUUUUCCGUUCUUGGAAACACUAGUCACUGAUUCGAGUGCUUUUAACUAGCGAUGGUACGCAUUAACAGCUGCUUUGGGAUAGGUGAAUCUCCACCUGAAUGUAAAUCGUCAUCACAGAGGGUAAGCACUAAGAACGUGUUUAACUUUUGUGGUCGCAAGGAAGCGAACUGCGAAGUUGUCUGCGUUCACGUAGGAAUUACAGGCAGUCUUGCUGCGCUCUUGUCAUUGGGUGCUUUCCUCAAAAGUUCUUGAAACCGUUUGUCACGCAGACUAUUCUGUACCACUGCAAAGUAUCAAUUCUUUGUUUGUUUAGAGAUGUUACAAUAAUGCAGAUGAUAAUUUGCUCACUUUUCUACCGACUUGUUGGUCAUUUCACUUUCAGCGGCGGACUUCCAUUGGGCCCGGUCUCGAUUCCCCGCCGGGUAAGAGAUUUGUCUGCUCCUGCACCGGUUGUCGUGUUGUCGUCAUCAUUUGAUCAUCAUCGACAGGCUAGUCGCCUGAAAAGACUUGCAACUCAGUCGCCGAACUUCCGAAGGUGGGGACUUCCGACCAUCAGUGCCAUAUGAUUUUAUUUUUUUUCAUUGGGAAAGCUUCGCAAUAUCGACCGGCGCUCUAUUGGAAGAUAGAAAUAAGGAAUCCAAGUUAUAUUACCACUAAGAACGUAGAAACUCGAUAAGAGCUGCAACUGUGAAAUUCGUCAUAAUUUCUUUGACUCAUUCAUCACAGACGCCUUCCCUCACAUGUCAAUGAGCAGGGUGCCCACUAGCGUGAGGCUUAUCUAACUCAAAAGCAGUGGCGUAAGUCAUUUCCUGGAACCAUUUUUCUGGAUCACUUCGGUCACUAGAUGUCUUAACGUCUCCUCGCUUGCAAGAAAGGAAACUAAAAUAAAAUCAGCUAUCCUGCAGCUGAGACGGAGAACACUUCCUUAAACUUUGUGCUAACUAUCGUGCCUUUGAGAUUCACUCAAUUCUUUUCUCAGGGUGUUCCGUGCUGACAAGGAAAAUAUGUUGCUUGAGCAGGAACGACUGGAUCCCUACCAGCAGUAAUAUCAAGUUGGGUGAACUGAAACGUGUACCGGCAUUGUAUAAGCUCUGUUAUCGUUAUUACUACUAAUGUAUGAAAUUAGAAAAUAUACGCACACAAUACACACAAUGAAAUAACAGAUUACUGCCUACAUUUGACAACCAGAUCGCACCAUUUGUUUGUCUCUCAAUCCCCCUAUAAAGACAUGGAGUGGGGCGUUCUCCACAAUAUAUCCUACAGUCUCUUCCCUCGCACCACAGGAAUAAGCAACAGUUCCACAAUAAGCCCAUUUUUUCAGGACGUGGCCACAUCUCCUUUUCGCGUUGUGAUACGAUUGAGUCUUAUCUAAUCGCAACGUGAACGAUUGCAACCUGUAGUCAUUGAUGGGAUUUGAAUUAGGUGGUGACACGAAGGUGAAUGUUCGUUCCAGUGUCUGUGACCCAAAAAAUAUCUUAAAGUUGGUUGCGUGACUUAACAGCCGAUUCCUGUAUAGAACGCUCACCGACGUCCAGCAAUGAAACUGACACACUGAUGGAAGUUGUCGAGUCGUUACCACAGAGCGUCAAAGAGCAGUAAGCACUGAGUACGGUAUGAAUAUUUAUUUAUUACUUCUUGUUACUACAGUCCCACAAUCUCUAAGAACUUCAGACAGGCAGGCUGGUACCAGUUUGAGAUGUGAGUUGAUGGCCCUAAGCGGUAGAUCUCUCCAACUCAGCUCAUUAUUAGAAAUUUGAAUAAUGGAGUGUGCCACAGUCUGUUUAAAAGCUUUUCUAAUAAGUUUGGUAUUGCAGGACAUCCACAGAACUUAUACACUGCUUCACGUAUGAAAUUUAUCCUAGUUGCAUAAUAAACUUCUUAAGUUACGUAUCGAAUCACUUUAGCAGGAUGGAACCACGAUACGAACAUUAAGGUUUUCUUUUCUGCUUUUGUGCUCGGUCCCCCGCGGCGGACAGAAAACCACUGAUCAGAAAGAGUUGCUCUGCCGAGGGUUGCUGACUCGAGGGAGAAGUUUCUCUGCGCCGGUACAAACCUUUUCUUUCUCCUUCAUAUCGAGAUUGGGGAAUUACUCUUCCAGGGUAUCCCAAGGCGCCCACCAACACAUUUAUCACAAAUGUGAAUCCAGCUCUGCGUUCUGUGUUGCACCAUCUUUGCUUGCGUUCCUCAGUACGCCUGUACCCGUACAGAACCAGUGAUCUUUUUUAAAUGUUGAUAGGAACAGCAACUAUACACAAACGACACACAAGUUUUAGAACGUGAAACUUAAAAUACAAGUUCACAAGAAGAAAUUUGAUUAAGUGCUAGCAGGUAUGUAGUUAACGGCUUCCUCUUACACAGAAUGAAAGCUUCUAUAAGGUGUCUAUUUUCUGGAUGAUAUUAGACAUUUGACCAACAGAGAAAUGAAAAGCGCCACAAAAUACAGGAUUCAACGUCUUCUGAUGUGUUGUGAAUUUUUAAGAAAUAAUCACGUUACUGUUACUGAUUCUACGUCUACUCCGCACCUAAGUACUUCAAAGGUGAAACGAUAAGCAAAAAAAGUGAAAGAACUUAUUCACUGGUAACGAAUAAAUGUAUUGUAUGUCCUGUGUAAAUUUGUAUACUAUGGCAGUACCAAAUCAAAGUACUUUAUAUUUUAUGAGGAAAGUAAAAUGUAUUGAAAGAUAUCAAAUGUAAAUGAAUAUAAACAUAUGUUGAAUAAAGUAAAAUCCGUUA